UAAUAAUAGCAACAAAACAUUUAACCAACAAACCAUAGAACUGAGAAGAGUGGAAAGAGGAAGCCUCGAAUGGAGCUUGCCACUCCCUACAGUUCCAGUAGCACUUGGCUCUACCGGAAACCAGAACUAACCCGGCAAAUCCCAAGACUCCAUCGCUUCAAUCCGUCAAAGCACCGCCGCAAAACGACGUCUUCGGAGCUCCAAACGACGGUUGGAGUCACCGCCUCAUCCCCUUCCCCUUCCCCUUCUCCAUCCAUUCCGACUCACAAGGUCACUGUCCACGAUAGACAGAGAGGAGUUGUUCACGAGUUUACCGUUCCUGAGGUGGAAGUUGAUUUUAUGUUGAAAACUAUUUUCGGUGUUUCUUUUAUGGACCAAUAUAUAUUGCACACUGCUGAAGCUCAGAAUAUUUCUCUUCCGUUUGCUUGCAGGCACGGUUGCUGUACCAGCUGUGCCGUACGUAUAAAGUCUGGAGAACUUAGACAGCCUGAAGCCCUAGGCAUAUCAGCUGAACUGAGAGCAAAGGGGUAUGCACUUCUUUGUGUGGGGUUUCCGUCCUCUGAUCUUGAAGUAGAAACACAAGAUGAGGAUGAGGUAUAUUGGCUUCAGUUUGGAAGAUAUUUCGCUCGAGGACCAAUUGAUAGAGACGAUUACGCAUUGGAGUUAGCCAUGGGUGAUGAAUAAGCUUUUAUUGAGAGCUGACUUUGGAGUUAGGGAUCUCUACGGAUGGAUCGGAUGUGCAGAUUUUUAAUCUUGUUACGAGUCUCAUCUUCUUCUGCUUUUGUCUUCUUAACUCCUUACCCUGCAUUGCAGCCCCUGUAAUCAUCGUCCAUGGUAUAAAUGACUCCAUGUUGGUUAGCACUAAGACUGAUAAUAUUGUAUCUAAGAUGUAGACCAUCACUGUCAACGUAUCUUCUGCGCUGCCCAUUUUAUAUCUUAUCUAUCAACUUGAUCUAAAGACAUUUAUUAACAGUAUUUUAUUUUAUUUUAUUUUUUAUAUUUAUGACUA